GCGCUGGGCUGGCGCUGCGAGGCGCAGGGAGCCUUGCCGGUUCUUCUGGCCAGCGUCUGCGAGUACCCUGGCGGCUGACCCGCUCGGGUUCAGGAAUUUACACAGACGUGAAGCGAUGCUCGUGACUCUGAGGCUUCUCAAAGGCCCCUAGAAGCCUGUUUCUUGGCGCAGUCCAGGAUCUCCAGCCCCAUGGAGCCCCCGAUCCCACAGAGCGUCCCCUUGACUCCCAGCUCAGUCAUGGUCCAGCCCCUUCUUGACAGCCGGAUGCCCCACAGCCGGCUCCAACACCCACUCACCAUCCUACCUAUUGACCAGAUGAAGACCAGCCACGUGGAGAACGACUACAUAGACAACCCUGGCCUGGCCCCCCCCAGCGGCCCUAAGCGGACCCGGGGUGGGGCUCCGGAGUUGGCACCAACACCUGCCCGCUGUGAACAGGAUGUCACCCACCACUGGAUCUCCUUCAGCGGGCGCCCCAGCUCUGUGAGCAGCAGCAGCAGCACAUCCUCCGAUCAGAGGCUCUUAGACCACAUGGCACCACCACCCGUGGCUGAGCAGGCCUCACCGAGGGCUGUACGCAUCCAGCCCAAGGUGGUCCACUGCAAACCGCUGGACCUCAAGGGCCCUGCAGUCCCACCAGAACUGGACAAGCACUUCUUGCUGUGUGAGGCUUGUGGGAAGUGUAAAUGCAAAGAGUGUGCGUCCCCCCGGACGUUGCCCUCCUGCUGGGUCUGCAACCAGGAGUGCCUGUGCUCAGCCCAGACCCUGGUCAACUAUGGCACAUGCAUGUGCCUGGUGCAGGGCAUCUUCUACCACUGCACCAAUGAGGACGAUGAGGGCUCCUGCGCAGACCAUCCCUGCUCCUGCUCCCGCUCAAACUGCUGCGCCCGCUGGUCGUUCAUGGGCGCCCUCUCCCUGGUGCUGCCCUGCCUCCUCUGCUACCUACCUGCUACCGGCUGUGUGAAGCUGGCCCAGCGUGGCUACGACCGCCUGCGCCGCCCUGGUUGCCGCUGCAAGCACACGAACAGCGUCAUCUGCAAGGCAGCCAGCGGGGACGCCAAAGCCAGCAGACCCGACAAGCCUUUCUGACGUUUUGGGUCGAAGCCCCAGCACUACCCCCGGAAACUUGGUUCCCUUUAACAUCUGAGAAGACUGCAGCAAGGCCAGAGGUUUGAGCCUCAUGAGGCUGCCCUUGCUAAUCUGUCCGCUCCUCGGCAGAGAUCACCACCACCUACAUUCUAUUCCCCAAAAAGAAUGAAGAAGCACUUUGGGGUUUUUUUUUAGGAUCCUGCAAUUUUGUGUCAAACAGACAGUGGUGGGGCAGGGUGUGGUUUUGGGGGAGAUUUUUCUUUUUCAGAAGACAGAACACAGAUGUGGACACAUACUCAGAAGCCGCAGCUGCUUGAAUGCCUUCCCAGCCCCUCCUCCCCCGUCCCUGUUUCCCAUUGUCUUUGGCUCUCACAGGAGCUGACUGCCUGGGAGGGAUUGUUAACUGAGUGCCAGGGAACCUUUGCAGAAGACCCUUGGAGUCUUGACUUGUAUGCCUUCUUCUCCUUCCCCCUCUCACUCCACCCCAGUUUGCCCUCGACAUCCUUGGGAAGGUGCAGAACCCCCUAGCAAUCCCUAUUGUAUAUACGUGGGAGCCCACUGAGAGCAGAGCAUGGCCAGUGAGUCCAAGCCUCGUUCCUCCUCCUGCUUCCCCGGAGCCACAGGAUGGAUUUAGGAGCCACUGCACAGUGCACCUCUCCCUGCCAGCUUCAUCACUAACUCUUGGGGGUGUUCUACUCACCAUACCGUCCUUCGGUUCUUACCGAGUCACAGACUCGCCCGCCUGCUAUGUGUCCUGAGUUCUCUACUCAGAUCCUUUCCAGAAACUUUAUGGGUAGAGAAAGCCGGGGUGGCAAAGGCGAGACCAAAUAUCAUUUUGCCAAUGAGUCUGAGGCUGUGGUCUCUGGAUCCAGUCAUUAUGUUUUAUAGAAUAAUUAAACCAGAUGCUAACGGUGUUUUAAAAAAUAAUAAUAAAACAACUUGCUUCCUUUUGGACCACCCCCAGGAAGGGCUGAUUUCAAAAUCUGGGGGUGAGCAACCUCAAGGAACACAAAUUUCUCUCCCCACCGAGAAGAGGAUUUUCACAGCAAAGAAGAGAGGCAGUGCCUCCCAUUGGCAGAAUGACAGUUGAGCCGAGCUGGGUUUGGGUUUCUUCUCUUCUGAUUCUGCUGCUUGCUGUCAUAGCCUUUUGUGUACAGUGAUGUGUCUGUAUCUUUAAUGUAAAUAGAGAGAUGAUGAAAAAAGAGUCUAUUUUAGUGUUAGGAAGCCCCAAUGGGGGAAUCAGAAGAGCUCGAAAAGAGGGUGGGGGAAGAUUCUCCAGGGGCUACUGGGGUUGAGCCCUGCUUUUGCGCACAGCCACCCCCCUCCAACAGCCCCCAGAGAUGAGCAACUCUUUGUCUCAAGGUGCUAAAGGACUCAAAGUGCAGCACGUCCAGUGGGUAGGUACUUGUUGCAUGCAAAAGCUGUAGUGCGUCUGGUCCUUCCUCCCCAGCUUUUGCGUGGGGUUUUUGCUUCGUAUGGUAUUUUGUUCCCCCUCUAAUGAGAGGAUGUGACCUGGGUCAGAAGAGCUACCCCAGGUGACAUUGGGAGCACAUUAGGCAGAGCGUCUGUAGCAUUUCCAGUUGUUCUUUAGGAACAGAACUGCCUCCAGGAAGGAGGCAAGGAGGCUGGUAGCUGUGAUUGGCAUGCACCCAAUGCUACUCAAGGACUUUUUUUCCUUCUUGAAGACUAGUAGUAACACCCUAUGAUUUAGAAUAAGUUAAUUGUAACCACAGAUAUUUAUUGAUUGGAGGAAGGGAGGGUCUUUUUAUUUUCAGCUUUAUUUAUGUAACAUUUGCUAGCUUGUAAAAGGCAAAUGUGAAAUACUGCAUCUUCCCGUUUUCUAAGGCUGAUUCAUGUAGCUACCCUUGCCACAGUUGCGAUGGGUGUUCUUGCACGGAUCUGAGGAAUGGUAGGAAAAGACACAUUCACCCAACCACUUAUACUAAUUGAAUGUAUCAGAACUGUACUGAAGGGACUGGAGAUAUUUCCUUUCCUCUGAUGAGGUGUGCAGAGGUGGCCCCCCCCCAAAUGAUAGCACGCAUGUGCACUCUUUCCUUUCGUGAGGCCUGGGAACUUUUCCCAGGGCCCUUCCCUCAAAAUGGCUGGACAGGAAACUUGACCCGGUAGCAAGUUGCACUUUGGUGAUCUUGGUGGUAUACAACACCCAUUCUGUGGAGAAUUGAUUUACACAAGCAAGCUGUGUAUGCACACACAUGCACACACACACACCCCCAUCCCACACUGAUCCUCUACCGACAUAGACCCUGUUUCCUGGCAAAUGGCCUCUUGAACUCUGACUUUUUGUGUACAUAGUUGUAAACAUGGAUUUUUCUGGGUUUUGGUUUGCUUUUUUCUUUUUUCCCCCUCCCCAUUUUGGCUUGUUCUUUUUGGUUUGCGUUUCACUGCUGAUGGAUGUCUGCAGAACUCUGCCUUGAAUCCACCUCGGGUCCCUGUCUGUGCUCAUUGGUAAAAAGGGAAGGAGUGAAGGAAGCAUUCUUGGUGCUCCCAGCUCUGUUGUUUAGCAGUCCCUGAGCCUUGGUUUUCUCAGCUUCUUGGCAAAAAAAAAGAGAGGAAAGGGCUGUCUUGCUGGUGGACCUUCCCCAUCCCUUACCACCAGAGCCAGUCAAGGGCCACUGAGGGACCAAGCACUCAGAAACAUGACACAUUUCUGUAGCUGCUGCUGUCUUGCUUGGCUGGAUUAUACCUCGUCUUGACCUUUUUUUGAAAAGUGCCAGCUGGUUCUCACUUCCAUUAAACCUGGGAUGGGUAGUGGUUCUGCCUGGAACUGGGGUUGGGGGACCAAGCCUGGGUUCGGGACAUUAAUUCUAGGGGGCUCCUAGGCUGUUCCUUCCACCCAAGAGUGGGUUUGUGGAGGCCAGCCCUCCAGUGAGCACCCUGGGAACUGGGUCUAGGAUAGCAAAGCCCAAGCAAGACUCCUCAGAGUACCCAGCUGAAAGGGGUGGAGACCAAUCCCUUCUGUUGGUGUGGUCCCUUCACAGCUGACACAGAUGGAAGACCUUUAUGUGACAUGGCUGGUGUUUUCAGUGUUAUGGAUUCUGCAUGGAUCCCGAUUGUACACUGAGACUCAGCUAGAUAAUGACUUGUCCAGGCUUGCACACAUGAGACGUGUUGGUCUGGACCAGAACCCAGAUGUUGAAGCAUCACAUUCUCCUUUGUGCUGGCCCAGGAGGUGUCUGAUGGGGUGCAGGCAGUGCAGCUCUGUGCCACACACUCACUAGGGCGUCUGCAAGCUUCAUCUCCCUUCUGGUCCAUGCCUUUGGUAAGCGUUUUCAUACCCUCUCUGCUUACUGUGACAGUCGGUGACAAAUGUUGCGUUGCCAUUUUUUGCUGUGGGUAACUGCGUGCGGUAUCUUAUCUUGCUUUCUCUUCUCACUGUCCCAUGGUUUGGGUUUCCUGUUCAAGGCUCCCACCCCAACACAUUCCCCCUUCAUUUUCCCCCUUCACUGUAGCCCUCUCACCCCAUCACAAAAGUUACCGCAGAAGGUUUCCCCUGUAUAGAAUAUUUAUUUUGAAGCUCUAUUUUAAUAGUAUUUAUUUUAGAAAGUCUACUAUUGUAAGAGUUCUUCUGUUUGUGAA